AGAGAAUAAGACAAGAGAAUUCCAUUCUGAUCAAAAGUAUGCAAGUGCUCAGCAUAUUGCUGUUAUAAACGCUCUCCUUAGAAAGACAAUUGUUCUAAUUCACAGCUAUGCGCGCGCAAGCGCCCACAUUUGACUCAGAAAAGAAGAAAAACAUAUCCAGAAUAUAAAUAUAAGAUGAGAAGAUACUUCUCCUGCAUCUAUCUUUUUAUCAUUUGGAACAUUUCAUCAUCCGAAAAGAAAAAGAUAAAAAGAAAGGGAAAGAAAAUGAAGUAAAACCACCUGCUUAUUCUAUUUGUGGCAAAUUUAUUUGUUGAUUCAAUCAGUAUAUAUCUUUUCAACAAAAUAUUCUCUUUUUGGCAUAUCCAAAUAUUCCAGCAUUAGUGUGCUCCUCAAGCUUUUUUAACUAGCAUACGACUGAAUAAUUGUUAAAAGGUCUAAUCUCAGCUCCUCUGAUUUUUUGAGAAGUCACUGAUAUCAUCUCUGUUAGAUAAGACCUUUCUUUUGGACGAGAGAGACGUGCAAGAUUUGUUUCAUCUUGACUGUUAAACAUACUUCCUACCAGAUAAUUAAAACAAAUUUCUACUUCAUUGCAGAUUCAAACAUUGAUAUCUCAAAUAAAUAAGUUUCCAUAGUAAGUAGGUCUUAGUUGGCAUGAACUCUCUGCGGUUUUGGAACUUGCGUAUUACCUACAUAUGGUGUAGAAAUAAGCUGAGAGCUCCCUUCUGUUUCCAGAUAGUCUCCUGAUAUAAGUGUUGCACACACUUAUAACAUAUAUUGAACAAUCUUUGUCAGGAAAUUUUUUUCACUUCUUUCAAGUUUGAUUACCCUUGAGAAAAUUCCUAGCUUCGCCACUAGUUGCACACUUUUCCCACUAAAAAUGUAUGUAAAAAGAAAAUCUAAUUCUUCUUCUUCCCAAGUAAAAGCUUGUCAUGAAUGGAAAAAUGAGAAAUUCAAGUUAAAUUGUUUCCAAAUUUAGAAAGAUUCUUUUCUUUUCUAAACGGAGUAAUGGCAAUAGUGACAUCCUUUUUGAAACAAAGAGAGUGAUACCAGUAAACUAGAUAACUUGAUAGUACUUAAUUUAAGUAAAUAUAUCUAAGAACCUUAUGGUUAUACUAUUUUUAGAUUGAAGAGACAAUGAAUAAUAAGUUGCUUAAUAUUCAAUCAAUUAUAUAGAAUCUUUUGACAUAGAAAUGGAGGAUAUUUUGGACAUUUAAAUCAAGGUAUUAGAGGAAAACAGAAUACUAAGAGAGUUAGGGGGAAACACAUGGUUUUCAAAACCACAAGGAGGCUCCAGCCGUAUUUACAUGAGAUACUUAAACAUCAGAUACUUUGUUGUAUAACAACAUAGAUUCCUACUGCAGUAUUUUGCUAGAACAUUAACUACUAUCAGAUUUGACAAAAGGUGUCCCUUCACCUCCUCUCCCAUGUUGGCAGACAGUAUCUCAAAUGAAAAAGGUCUCAAAGCAAGUGGUCUAAAAGGGACAAUUCUCCCCUUUUUGGUAAUUUUGAGAGGCUUUUUGAGAACUACUACUUUGACUCAAAAGUAAUUCAUCUAAGAAUGACAAACGCCUCAAUGUGAUCCAAACUGGAAAGGCCGUUAUGGCAGAAACUAACAUAACAAGAAACAUUAGUAAGAAGCAAUGCAUACCUACACCUUAUCUUAAAAAACAAAAGGAGGGAAUUCUGUAGAUGCGGUAAUAGAAAUAAGCACAGGGUGACUCCAUUUCUAUAGAGAAUAAACAUAAGCAGCAGUCACUUGCCUGUUCCAACUUGCAACUCGGAAUCAUAAUUUGAUACAACUAUAAGCAACCUAAUACUUAUAACCAUUCAAAUGUAAGAUGAUAAAACUUAAAGAACAAUGAAAUUGAGUUAUUUUAAGCUCUUUUCACUUUGUCAUAAUUCGUUAUCAUCAAAACAUAAAGAUCAACAAUGCUUAGGUUAAUGCACGCAUUGUCAACAAAUGACUGGCAGAUAACAAUUGAAGGAUGACAAAUGGUUUACCAAUUGACACAGAAUUUAAGCAACAUUUCGCAACCUAGAAGCUGGCAAAAUAUCUUGAUAAUUAUUUUUCAGCUUAAAUAUUAUAAAACAAUGGCGCGUCUAUCAUAGCCAUAGAAUUGGAAUUAGGGGAUCUAAUCUCCUCCAGCUGGGUGAAUUUCUUAUCUGAUCCACUUGCUGAUGACAUUACUUUCCAAAUAAAGCAAGCAAAGUCACAAAUACUAUUUCCUUAUUCUCCUUCCACCUAUUCCCAUUAGCAUUACUUCAAUAACCAUGUAUUCCACCUCCCCUAAAAGAAAACGAAAUAUUCGCCAACUUGCCAGAAACCAAGACCACUCCUCCAGCUUAUAAGGAACUAGCUAGCUUAGCAUUAUCUUGUCCAUACCAUUCACUUGAGUACUUGACUUUGCCUGAGGUAGCUCACAACCCUCUAUCCCUAUUAAUCAAUAAUGGCCUCAUGGACUACAAGGCAAAACAAGAAGUUUGAGGAGGCUUUGGCUUUAUUUGACAAGGAAACUCCUGACCGCUGGCAUAACAUUGCCAGGUGUGUAGGUGGAAAAUCAGCAGAGGAAGUGAGGAGGCAUUAUGAGUUGCUUGUGAAGGAUAUCAUGCAAAUUGAAAAUGGCCAAGUACCUUUGCCCAAUUACAAAGCCGUUGGAAGCAAUAGCAGAGGUUAUGCCAAUGAACAAAGGCUUCUGAAGAACCUGAAGCUACAGUGAGAACAAAUUUGCAGCCAAUGCUCAAUAACAUCACAAGUUCUCCACUAAAUGUGAAAGCAUAAGUUGUGAAUUCAUGUAUUAGUUUAUGAAGAAAGCAAAUGCAUAAUAUAUAUAGAUAUAAUGUCUGCUUCGA